AUGUCGAACGAGACGAAACCUUACACGACUGGAAAUGGUACUGUCGUGGAAACAUGCGUGCUUGAAGCCGAAGGUUCGUCAGCGGGGGACACUGGUGUAUCAGAUGCGAUCUGGGACCUCGGUGUUUUCGAGCAACGACUGCAUGAUAUCGAUCUGAGUUAUGACUGCCCGGCAUUCGACCCUGACAUGGCCAACGAGCUCCUCAUCAACACCACAAUCUCAGCACUAGCCCUAAACCAACGCUUCGACAUCGUCAACGGAACAGAGACCCGUACUUUCAACAUCUACCGCUUCGAGAACAAACUCGCCUUCUUCCUACCAUAUGGCCUCUCACUUGCACUCGCCAUACCAAUCCUAGCGCUAGGACUCGUAGCUCUCUACGUCCAAAACCACGGCGUCUCGGCUAUCAAUGGAGGUUUCAUGCAGCUUCUUAUGACGACUACUGGACGCGGUUCACUCGAAGCGGUGGUUAUGAGAGGCUCGGGUACGCUGGGCGGAUACGAGAAUGUUUCGGAGGAGCUGCGUGGGAUGGAAGUUAGGUUUGGAGAACUCGUUGAAGUUAGUGGGGAUGAGGUUAAGGAGACUGAUACGCUUCUGAGUGGGCAUAAUGGGCUUGUCGAUGCGCAGAAUGAUAAUGGUUCGCAGUCAGGUGUGCAGACUGCGUCUGGAACGGAGCGGUUGGAGGACAGUGUUUCUGUGGUGCGAAGGGCUGGCUUUGGUACGGUUGAUGAAGUGAUACCGUUUAGGAACGAUGCGGAAUAG